CAGCCUUACCCGGAUGUGCAUCACUUGAAUCCGACCGCUAUUAUUUUUCUGCGGCCAGACUGAAUGACCCAACUAGACGCUUGUUUAAGCGACUUGUUGUUGUUUUUGUUUCUUAUAAAUUUGUUAUCGUCGGUGUGCGUGUUUUUGUAAUUGAGAGUGAAAGUUAAACAUGUCCAGGAGACGACACAGCGACGAGAAUGACGGAGGUCAAGCCCACAAAAGGCGGAGGACGUCGGAGCCAAUUGAGAUCGAAGACCGCCUAGAGUCGCUGAUAUGUCGCGUGGGGGAAAAGAGUACCUCGUCCCUCGAGAGCAACUUGGAGGGACUCGCCGGCGUUUUAGAGGCAGAUCUACCAAACUACAAAAACAAAAUCCUGCGCAUCUUAUGUGCUGUUGCGCGCCUCCUUCCUGAAAAGCUGACCGUGUACACAACGUUAGUCGGCCUCCUCAAUGCCAGGAACUACAACUUUGGGGGCGAGUUUGUUGAGGCCAUGAUCAGGCAACUCAAGGAGACGCUGAAAAACAACUUGUACAAUGAAGCCGUUUACUUGGUGCGUUUUCUUUCCGACUUGGUCAACUGCCACGUGAUUGCCGCUCCGUCUAUGGUGGCCAUGUUCGAAAACUUCGUCAGUGUUACUCAGGAGGAAGAUGUGCCUCAGGUUCGGUCGGACUGGUUUGUGUACGUUGUCCUGUCCUGUCUGCCCUGGGUCGGUAAAGAGCUCUACGAGAAGAAGGACGUGGAGAUGGACCGGCUCCUCAGCCAGGUGGAGGGCUACCUCAAGAGGAGAGUAAAGACUCACGUCCCGAUGCUGCAGGUGUGGACUGCAGAGAAGCCCCACCCACAAGAGGAGUACCUGGACUGUCUCUGGGCUCAGAUCCAGAAGCUGAAGAAAGACCGGUGGCAGGAGCGUCACAUCCUGCGUCCGUACAUCGCCUUCGACAGCGUCCUCUGCGAAGCCCUGCAGCACAACCUGCCCCCCUUCACCCCACCGGGACACAUGCCCGACGCCCAGUACCCCAUGCCCCGGGUCAUCUUCCGCAUGUUUGACUACACUGAUGCUCCAGAGGGACCCGUUAUGCCCGGCAGCCAUUCUGUGGAGAGAUUCGUCAUAGAAGAAAACCUGCACUGUAUCAUUAACACUCACUGGAAGGAGAGGAAAACAUGCGCCGCCCAGUUACUCAGCUACCCAGGGAAAAAUAAAAUCCCGCUCAACUACCACAUCGUGGAGGUGAUAUUUGGAGAGUUGUUCCAGCUCCCGUCUCCGCCUCACAUCGACGUCAUGUACACCACGCUGCUCAUCGAGCUCUGCAAGCUGCAGCCCGGCUCGUUGCCCCAAGUCUUGGCUCAAGCCACAGAGAUGCUUUACAUGAGACUGGACACCAUGAACACCGCCUGCAUAGACAGACUAAUCAACUGGUUUUCUCACCAUUUGAGCAACUUCCAGUUUCGGUGGAGCUGGGACGACUGGUCCGACUGCUUGGCCGUGGAUCUGGAUAAGCCCAAGCCCAAGUUUGUAAAGGAGGUUCUGGAGAAGUGCAUGAGACUUUCGUACCAUCAGAGGAUAGUGGACAUCGUCCCUUCGACCUUCUCAGCCCUCAUUCCUGCUGAACCCAUCUUCUCUUACAAAUACUUGGAUGAGAGCGGCUCUUCGUUACCCGGUUACCCCGUCUCCAUCACCGUUGGAAACGCCAUCAAGAGCCGAGCGACCAAUGAGGAGAUCCUCACCAUCCUCAAAGACGUCCCCAACCCCAACCAAGAAGACGACGACGACGAAGGCGAGAGCUUCAACCCUCUGAAGAUCGACGUGUUCCUACAGACUCUGCUCCACCUGGCAGCCAAAUCCUUCAGCCACUCCUUCAGCGCCCUCGGAAAGUUCCACGAGAUCCUGAAGGCUCUGACGGACUGCGACGAGGGGAAACUGCACAUCCUCAAAGUGGUGUAUGAAGUGUGGAGGAACCACCCACAGAUGAUUGCAGUGUUGGUGGACAAAAUGAUCCGGACCCAGAUCGUGGACUGCGCUGCCGUCGCCAACUGGCUCUUCUCUCAGGACAUGGCUCACGAGUUCACCAGACUUUUCAUCUGGGAGAUUCUGCACUCGACCAUCCGGAAGAUGAACAAGCACGUGCAGAAGAUCCAGAAGGAGCUGGAGGAGGCCAAAGACAAACUGGAGAAGCAGCAGCACAAGAGGAGGGACAGCGGAGACGACGAGGAGAUGGACAAGAACAGCGAGGACGAGGAGGGGCAGCUGGAGGAGCAGAUCGAGAGGCUGCAGGAGAAGGUGGAGUCGGCUCAGAGCGAACAGAAAAACCUCUUCCUCGUCAUCUUCCAGCGUUUCAUCAUGUUGUUGACGGAGCAUCUGGUCCGAUGUGAGACGGGAAGCGUCGACAUCAGCACGUCCUGGUACAAGAACUGUAUCGAGAGGCUGCAGCAGGUUUUCCUCAUGCACCACGUCACCAUCCAGCAGUACAUGGGAACCCUGGAGAACCUGCUGUUCACGGCCGAGCUCGACCCCCACAUCCUGGCCGUGUACCAGCAGUUCUGUGCCCUGCAGCUCUGAGACCAGAGAGACCGCGUCACAGAACCGCGUCACAGAACCACGUCACAGAACCACGUCACAGAACCUCAUCAGAGGAACCUGAAAAGAACCAGCUCUUGCAUCAAGAAUCUCCUCCUUUUUAUUUUAACUUUACCCGUUUUGUGUUUUUUUUUUUUCGGUGCCAUUCGUGUCAGUAAACGUUAAAGAGGACGUCUUUACAAGUAGGAACUCAAAAAAAAAUGUCAUUUAUUUGCUGUAGAAUUAUUUUUUUCUUUUUUUUUUAUCAUUAUUUGUUUCAUUUUUACCUCCCGCUCUUAUUCUUCUGAAUGGGUCUUUUUAAAACUGUACAAACAGCUGGAAGAAGAAAUUGUUCAUAGGAGAGAGGGGAUUUGAGGUCGGCCCUGACCGACUGACUGAAUCUAGAGAGCGAUCUACUUUUUUAUAUUUGUUUUACGUGGAAUUGGGAAGUAAUUAAACCCUCCAGAGUCUUUAUCCUC